GGUCAAGCCAUCUUAACUUAUUCAUCUUGCCAACCAAAUUCAAAUCUGGCAUUACUUACCAGAAAAAAAAAAAAAAAAAUUCAAAUCUGGAAUCAGCUUUUCCACUCACAACUCAAAUUUUAAUUUUUAUAAUCAAACUGGUAACAUAAUAGAAAUUACUAUAGCCAAAUACAAACUUUCUUCUUUAUAAACAACAAUACCUCUUCUUCCUGUACUCCAUAAACAAAUUCUCCUGUGUCUCAAACUUUAGAAAAAGAAAAAAAGAAUCCCUACCUAUUGUCUGACUCCAAACAACAUCUUGUUGGAAAAGUUCAAGAUGGAUUCAUUCAAGGUUGGAGGGGCACUAGAUUCUGAAGAUUGUUUAGAGUCUGAGCUGCUAUCCAUGACUGAUUCAUCUUCUGAGGUUGAGAAUAGAAAAAGCAGAGGAAGAGAGGCAAAGAAGAAAAUGAAAUCGAGAUCAAUUAGGCUCUCAGGAUUGUCAAGUUUAAGAUCACGUACGCGACAAUUGAAAUCUUCAUCCACUCAAUCUCGCAGCUUCUUAUCUGGUUAUGCAGGAAACUCAGAACUGUCAACUCCAGUUGUGACCUCAGAUGCAUCACCAAAAUCAAAUUAUUCGCAACCAACCGAUGCAACGAAUAGGAAUUUUCAGAAACCAUCAGGAAUCUUAUCAAGACGCUCUAGUUUCAAGCCGGUAAAGAGUCUAACAAGAGUGUCCAGUACAAAAUUCAGGAGGCCUUUGAUGAGGAGAUCGUCUGGAGGAACUGACCAGAAGAAAAAACUCAAGAAGACAAGGUCAAUCAAGAUUGCAAGUAUUGGAAGCCCGGGAGAAUUUAUAAGGGAGGAAUAUGCUGAAUCUAGUUUUUGUAGCGAUGAUCAGAGCACAAGAAAUUCAAAAAUCAGAAAGCCAAAAUCAGAUUUCCAGAUAACGAGUCUGAGACCUCAGAGGAUCUUAACAAAAAUGGCAAGUCUGAAACCCAAGAGACCAUCCAAGAAAUGCUCAGAAGUUUCAGACUCUAGCAUUGUCAGAGCCACAUGUUCUUCAACUCUUAAAGAGACCAAGUUUUCUCCGCGUAUUGAGCAGCAGAGAGGAGGGAGUGAAUCUGGAGCAAUUGCAACUGUUAAAGUCUGUUCAUAUUCAUAUUGUUCUCUUCAUGGCCAACGACAUGGCAAUUUACCUCCACUGAAACGCUUUGUAUCAAUGCGGAGGCGUUUGUUGAAGGCACAGAAGAGCAUGAAACACCAUAGUCACCCUGUUCCGAAGGCAAAGCAUUCUAGUAACAGGAUGAAAGGAACUAAGACAAGUCAAAUGGUCUAUAAUAGAGGUUCUGUACAGCAACAAGCUUCCAAAGACACAAGAGAAAACUCUUCAGUUAUUGGUAAGGCAUUCAAGGUCGAGUUAACAGGAGAAGGCAGUUAUUGUAUAGAAGAUAAAAAUAUAGAUGUUACUGAAGCCAGUGAUAGUAAGACAACGGAGGGGGAAAUUGUUGUAUCAGGCAGACACAGUGGAAAUGUUAAGCUCAUUCACACUGUUGAUCAUCCUGUUACCAUGGAUUCCAAUUUACUGGAGGUCAUUCAAAGUGAUAAUCCGUCCUUGAAGCUUGAUGAAAUUGUGAACACCAGCAAUGAGAGAGGUCCCAUCAAUGCAGCAGUUAAUCAGGAAGUCAAUAGAGAAACAGUUGCAAGUUUGAACUCGGAAAUGUUUCAAGGUGAUUGCUCUGGUUCAAGAAAAGUUCUUGAUGCCAGCACUACAGCCAAGGAAAUCAGUGAAGAAAAGAAUGAUGAUUUCGAGCCAGACAAUCGUUUCCAUGAAGGGUUUUCACAAUCUGGUGACCCUAUACCAAAUUUUACAACUAAUGGAUGGCACAAGACCCAGAUUAAAAAGAAAGAAUUUACAGGAUUUUGGGGUCUGAUAUAUCAGCAUAUGGUAUCAGGUAUUGCUACAGAAGUUGAAAAGCUACCUCUGGAUUUCAAGGCCAAAGAAGAACAAGAUGAAGAAGACCACACAUUGUCUCAUGAUAAAAGUCCUGUUUCUCACCAGAGUUUUUCUGAAACAGAUCAAGACAUGGAAAUGGGAGAUAGUGAUGCAGGCAACCAGAAGUUUGACCUCUGGCAGAGGGAUGCCAUUAAGCUGGUACAAGAAGCGUUUGAUAAAAUCCUAUCAGAAAUUCCAGACCACUCAUCUGAUGAUCAAUCAGUAACCACUGAAACAAUUUCAGAACAAGAUUUCUUGGAUCAGAAGCAAGUUGAAGAUGGAGAGGAUAACAUCUCAUGUUCCUUUGAUGGCACUAAUGAGAAUGUAGCAGAGGAUCCAAAAGAAGCACAGCUAGAAGUUGUUAAUAACGAUACCAGUGAAGAAUGGAAAGCAGCAUCACAACCUGGUGAAAAGUCUAGCCAGCAGAUUUCCAAUAAAUGGAGCAAUCUGAAAAAAGUCGUUAUCCUUAACAGAUUUGUCAAGGCACUGGAAAAGGUAAGGAACUACAAUCCUGAUUUGGAAACAGAGAAAGCUAAUCUGAGACAUCAAACAACAGAAGAGAGAAAAAAUGCUGAAGAAUGGAUGAUUGAUUUUGCACUUAGACAGGUUAUUUCUAAGUUAGCUCCAGCCCAGAAAAGAAAAGUAGCUCUGCUUGUACAAGCUUUUGAAACAGUUUCUCCUGAUAUGAGGUCCAAUGCAGCUGCUUCUGCUCACGAAACUCCAGCUCAAGCCACCAGUGAGCAAAAUAAUAAAUUGCUUUCUAAUGCACCAUAUGCUGAAAUGAGUGAGAGUUUCAAAGAGACUCUAGACCAACGCAGUGGUUUCUAUUGUGGAAAACAGCUCAUUCGAGGGAAAUGCUCUGAGCUAAAAAUGAGAAGCUUACCAUGUGGUGAUAUUAAUACUGUAAUGAAUACAUUGGCUUCUGAAGCUGACCAAACAAAUUUGGAGGAAGAGAAAACAAUUGCUUGCAAUCUUGAUAAAAUGGAUAAUAAUUCCAUGUUCAGAGAAUACCAGCCUGACUUCAUUAACUCCUCUCCCACAAAGCUUGAGAAGUCGAUAUUGUCAGAUAAGGCAUCCACAAAGCUAGAUGACAAUGUGGGCACCUCUCAUGAGGAAUUAGUAAAUGGAAAAAUUCUCACAGAGAUCAAUGAUUUGCAAGUCAAUGAUCUAUAUUUUAAAUGCAAAGAUGAAGAGUUGGAAACUUAUAAGGCAGCUGAUGAACAAGCAAUCCCACCGAAAAGCUCAACCCUGGAAAAUCAUGCAGAACCAACAGCAGGUAGCUGUGUGAGCACUUCAGCUUCAUUUUGGGAACUGUUGGAGGCAUCAGGAACAGCCGGUGGAGAAGCAGCUAAGCAGAAAUAUGAAGUCCUCCAAGAGUCUUCUCAACAAAAAGAACCUGAGCCAAACAACAUCGCUAAUAUACCUCAAGAAGCCAACAUGGAGAAACAGAAUUACACAAGGUUCUGGUACUUAAUAUAUCAGCACAUGGUAUCAAAUACCACCGAAGGUGGAACACAAUCAUGUCUAGAGGAUGUUGACAACAUGAAACAAGAGGGUGAAGCCAACGUAUUGCUUGGAAUGAAAAAUGCAGAAUCUUGCAAGGAUUCAUCUGAAUCACACCAGGAAACAAUAGUUGACAAUAAAAAUGGAAACAGCCGAAAGAUUGAACAUGACCAGAUUGAAGCCAUAAAGCUCAUCGAAGAAGCACUUGAUGAAAUUCAGCUCCCGGAAUUUCAAGAUAACUCACCAGAUGAUCAACCGAUUUCUGACAGUGUGAAUCCAGAAAUCGGCACCCAAAGGAAACAUGGUGAAGAUGAGGAACUUUUCAUCUUACAUACCACUAGUACUGCAGAAGAUACCUAUAACGAAUCCGAGAACAGAAAAUUAGACCAUCUUAAGAAACUGGAUGAAACAGAAACAUGGCUCAACUCUAACAACACCAAUGCCCCAGAAGAACAAGAAACAGAAUCGAAGUUAAGAAAUAAAUCUAAGCCACAGAUGCAGAAGAGCUGGAGCAAUCUGAAAAAACUGAUCAUCCUUAAGAGAUUCAUCAAGGCAGUGGAACAGGUGAGGAGGUUCAAAUUACGAGAGCGACGACAUCUACCUCUGGACCCCAUCUCCGAAGCAGAAAAAGUUCAUCUAACGCAUCAAAGCACAGAAGACAGAAAAAAUGAUGAGGAAUGGAUGCUUGAUUAUGCACUUCAACAGGUUGUUGCUAAACUAAGUCCAGCUCGGAAGAGAAAAGUGGCGAUGCUUGUAGAAGCGUUUGAAACAGUCACUCCCACUUUGGAAAUUAAAUUAUAAAUCCAUUAGGAACAGCAAUUAGAAGCAGCUUGUUGAAAGUUAUUUAACAAGGCUUCGUAGUGAUAUCUAAAGAAUGGUGCGGGAGAUAGACACUAGUGAUAAUUCAAUAAUGCUAUAAGAAUAAUACUAGAUUAUGAUGUUUUUUAAUUUUUGUAUUUGUGGAAGAUUUAGGAUGUUUUCUAAUAUUUACCCUGUAUAGACUGUAUGAGUUUCUCGUACAUUUUAAAUUUGUCAUAUAUUUGUACUUGUGAGAUA